UUAAAAUGAAGAGAUUAAAGUCAACAAUUGAUGGACUUUUGAACUCAUCUGCUGCAGUAAAAACUGCCAGCCCACCUCAGCACAACCACACAGUAACCACUGGACACUGCGGAGAUGACGACCUUCGAUGAGAUCCUGGUGGAGGCCGGGGAGUUCGGGAGGUUUCAGAAGUGUGUCUUUGGGUUGUUUUGUCUGGUGUCCAUACCGUGUGCUGGCGUCUUUGUGGGAAUCGUUUUUCAAGGCUUCACACCCGAACACUGGUGUCGGAACCCAGUGGUGGAAGAUCUGCGGGGCAAAUGUGGCUGGACUCUGGAAGAGGAGAGGAAGUACACAGUUCCUCUAAUUAACACAACGACUGGCCCGGCAUACAGCCAGUGCCAGAGGUAUGAUGUAGACUGGAACAGCACCAUUGGCUGUAGCAGUCCUCAGCUAAAUUUCACCGUUAACUAUGGAAACGAUGUACCGCUGACUACCUGCCAAGAUGGCUGGGUAUUUGACUAUAAGCAGAGGAGCUCCUUUGUUACUGAGUUUGAUCUGGUGUGUUCUGAUGCCUGGAUGGUGGAUCUCUUCCAGUCAAUACUCAAUCUUGGCGUUCUGAUGGGAACGAUAGUCAUGGGUUAUGUAGCAGACAGGUAUGGCCGAAAGUUAUGUUUUCUAGUGUCAACACUGGCCAAUGCAAUUACUGGAAUACUUGUGGCUGUCUCGCCCAAUUACAUUGCUCUGGUCAUAUUCCGGGGUCUGUUUGGAUUUGCCAUGAAAGGUGGCUGGGUGACAGGCUAUGUGCUCCUCACAGAAUUGGUUGGAGUGGACUACAGGAGGACAGUAGGAAUCAUCUACCAGAUGUUCUUCAGUGUUGGAAUUCUCAUUCUGCCACUCAUUGCUUACCUCAUUCCAAACUGGCGUUGGUUACAAGUGGCCAUCACUGCCCCCUAUUUCUUCUUUUUGCUCUACUACUGGUGGAUUCCAGAAUCUCCAAGAUGGCUUCUGUCCCAAAAAAGGCCUAGCGAAGCUGUGACACUUGCUAAAGAGAUCUCUAAAGUGAACGGGAAAACACUGUCCAAAAACGUGGAGGCUCUUACAGAUGACAAUGAAGAGCUUUUGCGACCAUCUUUUCUUGACUUAGUCAGGACUCCCAAGAUGAGAAAACACACUUUCAUUUUAAUGAUUAAUUGGUUCACAAGCGCAGUUGUUUAUCAAGGCCUCAUAAUGCGUCUUGGAAUCCUGGGGGGAAAUGUCUACGUAGACUUCCUUAUCUCUGGAGUUGUCGAGUUUCCAGCUGCUUUUCUCAUUAUAGUGACCAUUGAACGGAUGGGAAGACGCAUUCCCUUCACGCUUUCUAACAUAGUUUCGGGGGCUGCUUGUUUAAUAGCUGCUUUUAUACCAGCAGAUGAAUACUGGGCUAAAACUUUGACUGCCUGUAUUGGCAGACUGGGUAUUACCAUAGCUUUUCAGAUGGUUUGUUUUGUGAACGCUGAAUUGUACCCUACUUUUGUGAGGAAUCUUGCGGUUUCUGUGUGCUCCACCCUGUGUGAUAUUGGAGGGAUUGUUGCACCAUUCCUUCUCUAUAGGCUAGCAGUUAUAUGGCUGGAGCUACCGCUGGUUAUUUUUGGAAUUCUUGCCUUCAUUGCUGGGGGACUGGUCCUUUUACUGCCUGAAACCAAAGGUAGGCCAUUGCCAGAGACGAUUGACGAUAUUGAAAACCCUAAAAGGACUAAAGAAACCAAAACUUACCAGCUUGUCACAUUGUUACCUUCAGAUGUCACAACUAAUAAAGUCUCCACUUCUGUUUGACCUUGGGGCAUCAUUUGUAUUGUUUAAUAAUGGUAAAUUAUGGCAAGCCAAAUCAUCAUUUAAAGAUAUCAUCAAAUAUAUAAAUGUCACAAUCUUUUUAAGAUAUAUAUAUGAAAAAAAACACCCAGUGUAGAUUGCUUCAUAUUUUGAGUUCUUUUCGGUGCACUUGCCUCCUCACACAUUGGGCACAUACAUAAUGUUAUUUACAUUUGAAAUAGUGAGCUGUUUGUUGAUUCUUUGAAUAGUAUUGUUCCUUUGGAUAACAAAAUAUUGAGCUCAAGUCAUGUGAUUUCAUAAAAACGCCAGUUGCUCAGUGUUUGUUACUUGAGUUGAGUUAAAACUACCAAAAUGAGUGGAUUAAGAAGCUGUAUAAAUAGCCAUUUGAAAACACAUGAUUUUAAUUAACGCAAGAAUCGAUAUGAUUGAAGGCGACCUGUUUGUGAGUGAAGUUGCCUGGAGAAUGAGAUGUUCUGCUUCAACAAUCAGCAGACUAGUCUAGAGAAACCAGAAACAGUCUCUUUGAGGGACAGACCAUGUCCUGGAAGGCAGAGAAUCACCACACAUCAGACCUGAUUGAUCUGCGCAAUCGCGUAAAGACAGCCGUGACCAGCCAACCUUCGCCAGCUGGCUGCAUCUGCACAGGAGGAGUGGCGGAACAUACCAAAGCAGUCUAUCCAGUGGCUGCUCAGGACUAUGAGUCAACAUUGCCAGGAUUCUGUUAAUGCUCAGGGAGGGCAUAUCCACCUAACUUUAUAAUGUUUACAUUUUGACAGCCUGUCUCGUUUUAUACUGAAGAUUCUUUAAUCUCUAUUUUGUUCACAUUUUCUCUGAUUUUGUUUGAUAUCUAUGUUUAAAAUAUUUGAUUAAAUUCAUUAGAUCUGAGUGUUGCAUUUCUUUUGUGCAUCAGUAUUUAAACAUAAUUGUGAGUGCUUUUUUUGUAUCCACAUGCCCUGAAGUGUGUAGCAAGAAGUGGCACUUCUCUUUUCCACAGUUUUUUUUGGUGACUAUUUUUAGGUACU